AUGAGUAAGAGAGCGCGUCGCCACGAAUAUAAGAUUAUCCACGAUUUGGAGAUUGGCAUCAGAAGAAAAAGAGCGAUAGAAGACGAACGGAAGACUAUUUACCAGUCCAAACAGCCUUUCCUCUCUUCUUCUGAUUUCCCUCCAGUCUUCGUCUUCGGCAUUGCAACUUCCGCUUACCAGGUGGAAGGAGGGAGCAAUGAGGGAGGUAGGGGUCCUAGCAUCUGGGAUGAUUUUUCCCAUACACCAGGCAAUAUUUGUGAUGGAAGCAAUGGAGAUGUUGGUGCCGACCAAUAUCACCGUUACAAUGAAGAUAUUGAACUCAUAACCAAGCUGGGUUUUAAGGCAUAUCGCUUUUCCAUAUCAUGGACAAGAAUCUUUCCUGAUGGUCUGGGAUCCAUAGUCAAUGAUGAAGGGAUAAUGCACUAUGACAAUCUAAUUAAUGCUUUUAUCAGCAAGGUUGUAACCAAAAGGUGUAGAAAGGCAAAGGUGGAACAGAAAUAUAACCUCAGAAUGAAAAGUGUACCUCCAUUUGUUGAAAAAUAUUUUGCCAUCUAUGCAGAAACUUGCUUUACAAGAUUCAGCGACAGAGUCAAGAAGUGGAUUACCAUCAAUGAGCCACGUCAAACUGCAAUUAAUGGAUAUUGUACUGGCAUAAAUGCACCAGGAAGGCAUGAUCAUUCUUUAUCUGAGCCAUUAUUGGCAGCACAUCACCAGCUAUUGGCUCAUGCUGAAGCUGUCUCCAUAUACAGAAACAAAUUCAAGGACAAGCAAGGAGGACAAAUAGGCAUAGCGUUGGAUUGUGAAUGGGCAGAGGCGUUGUCAGAGAGGGAGGAAGUAUACGAUCCUGCCAGCAAACUUGCUUUGUACUUGGAUCCUAUAUUUUAUGGAGAUUAUCCAGAAACAAUGCGAGAAAGACUUGGAGAAAAGCUUCCAGAAUUUUCUCAGAAGGAUAAAGAGCUGCUUAGAAAUUCACUGGACUUUGUUGGUUUAAACCAUUAUACCACAAGGUUUAUUGUUGAUGCAGAGACCAACAGUGAAGACAACGAUGUCUUCUAUAGAGUCCAGGGGAUGGAAAGAAUUGGUGAGAUGCAUGUGUAACACAAGUUAAUGUCUCAAAAUGCUAUUUAUUUAUUACCCCUUGUAUUCCCUCGCGGCCAUAAUUCUUUUCUGUUUUUUUUGGGCUAAUAGCUGAAUGGGAAGGAGGCGAAGUGAUUGGUGAGAAGGCAUGGGAUAUUUCUGCUACACUUCUUUUUUUUUUUCAUUCUUUACUUGUUUUGGAUGGACAUAUAUACAAGCAACAACA